GGUAAUAUUUUAUUAUCAGAUAAUUACAAUGAGUUAUUUAUUAUUGAUUUAGGAUUAUGUAAACCUAUAAGUGAUUUACAAGACUCUGAUAGUAAAUUAAAUGAAGUUUAUGGAGUUUUGCCUUAUAUGGCGCCUGAAAUAUUAAGAAAAAAACCCUAUACACCAGCAAGUGAUAUUUAUAGCUUUUCAAUGAUAAUGUGGGAAUUUGCAUCUGGUAUUCCUCCAUUUAAUCAUGUAGCACAUGAUCAUCACCUUAUUUUGAGUGUUUGUAAAGGGGAACGCCCUGAAAUUAUUGAAAAUACUCCAAAAUGUUAUAUAGAUUUAAUGAAAAGAUGUUGGGAUUCAGAUCCUUCCAAUAGACCAACCAUAACAAUGCUAGAAAAUAUUAUAUCUGAAUGGAUUAGAUGUAUUAAUGAAUAUUAUGAAAUAAAUAGGGAUGGAAAUUAUAAAUAUCAAGUACUUAAUAUUGAUAAUCAAUCAGAAGUUGAUAUGUUUGAAUUUAUAAAAGCAAACAAAACUUUAGUACAAGAGCAAGCAAAUGCUUCUAUUAUACAACCUCAUACACAAGCAUAUCAUACAAGUCGUAAACUUACUGAAAU